AUUUUAGACAUUACACCUCCCUUAUUUUUACCACAUCUCUGGAAAUCCAGAUGGGGAACAGUUAUUCUCCGGGGCUUACAGUAGGGGAAAAGGACCAGAUAAGAGGUUUGUGCAAAGGACCCAGGUUCCUGCAGUGCCAUUCAGCAAACAUCCAUUAAGUGCCUGCAGUGUGAUGGGCGACACCGAGUCCUGCUGGUGAGGAAACCCUGGGCCAGUGAAUGAGACAGACACACACAGCUCGCCAAGAUCCAUCCCGUGAGAUCUCAGCUCUCCCACUUCCUCUCCAUGCAGCCUUCAGCAAGUCCUCACCCACCGAUGGGGCCUCCCUGGGCAAGUAGGAAAACUCGAUCAUGAGAUCAGAGAACAAAUGCAUUAAACAAACAAAUAAACUUCGAGUCUGCAGCAUGUUAACUGAAUUAGGCAACAGAAAAGAAGGCAAAACAAAUUUUAAAAAUUUAAAUGGGGAUUUAAAAAAUUCUCUAAUUUUCAACUGUCAGUUCAUUAUGAAUGGUUAAAAGAAUGGACCAAUUCUCAAAUUGAACUAAAUCUUUGGAUGAAGCCUCUCCCUGGGUGGUGACAGGUCCUGACUGCUAAUUUCAAGGAGGGCCGGUGUCUGGCUCUGGUUUCUAACCCAGGGAUGGGACAGCUUUAUGGUUCUCUGGGCUUAUUGCCCUGAGCUGGUGAUCACACAAUCCAGGUGGAUGGCAAAGUUUCUGGGGUCCUGGAGCAGCUUUGAUUUACUGUAUUAAGGGUUUGUGUGUCUACCCCCACCCUACUCCUAGGGUGCCAGACCUGGAGGACUAUAGCCAUUAUCUAGACCAGUCUAGCUCCUAAUUCAACAGAGAGGCCAAGAGAGGCAAAGUGGCUUAAUCAAGGGCACACAGUUUCCAAGGGGAGGAAGAUCUGCGUUCUGUACCCCGCUUUUAUUCCUUAUUCCUUCUCUGACCUUUUGGACUUUAUAAGCCUUCCCUUCCCCCAUACCCUCCUUUCCCCUGUUGCCCACAGUGUUUGUCCUGGCAGGUGCUGGCCUUUAGGAAGACUCCGAGCCCCGAGAGACCCUACCCCCAGUUUCUCCUCUGACCCAGGGUGCAGGUUACCUUCGGUGCCAUGGCCUUUUCAUCAAGGUUCGCCUUCUGGGAGCAAAAGGUUAAAGAGGAGGACAAAACUCUGCCAAAGCCUGGCCCUCCUGGCAAGGAGGAAGGGGCCCCAGAAGGCAGCUCAAAGGAGGGCAGCUGCCUGUCUAGGAGUCCUCAGCCUCCCGCCAGCCCGGUUCCCUCAGAGACUUCCCAGAGAACCAAGAGCCCUGCAGCCAUUCCCGCCAUGAACGGCCUGGGAGCGGCCUCAGCAGAGGUCCCCAGCGGGGAGGCCCAGGGCCUCUCCCGGAAGCGGGUGGCCAGUGCAGUGAGGAGGGUGGUGAGCAAGGUGCUGCCUGGAGAGGAGUCUGGGAGUGCCAGGGAGCCUCCGACCAGAGGGGUGAAGUCCCCUGAGCACCCAGCUCCAAGCAAGAGGGGAGAAAAGGCAGCUCCUAGUCCCAAGCUGCCACCUCCUCCUCCUCCGCCACCUCCCCCUCCUCCGCCUAAGCCUGAAGCCAAGAAGGAGGCAGCCAAGGAUGAGCUCUCCAUGGGCCUGCGGAGCCUCAUGUCCCGGGGCAGGGGCAAGGACCGCAAGUCCCGCAGCAAGCCAUCUCCCGGGAAGGGGGAGAAGCCCUCCGGCCAGGAGCCAGGCUCUGAGGGGAAGCCAGGAUCCCCAGCCGGGCCUGAAACCCCAGCCCCACCGGAAGAGAGGACAGACCACCUCACUGGAGAGCAGCCCACCCAGGCUCCAGAGCCUGGUGUGCAGCAGGAGGUAUCUGAGCGUGUCACUAACCUGCCAUGCCCCUCACCGCCCCUGCUCGAGGGCCAGACACCUCCCUGCCGGUGUCCCCAAGCCUCCUCAGUGACCCCGCAUGACCGAGAGGCUGGGCCCAGGGACCGGACGGUGCGGCUGCAUGGCUUUCCCUCGCUGAGUGCCAGAGCCCGUGGUGGCCUGGGCACGCCCGGCGGCCGGGGUGGGAACGGCUACCCAGCAUGCUGGGGCCUUCGACACUCUUGCCGUGGGAGUCGGAGGCUGGUCCCCAGCCAUACAAUGCCAGUUUGAGACCCCAGACCCCAAGCCAAAGGUCAGAGUCUUAACAGAUGGGUGCUGGGGUACAAAGACCAUGUUUGCUGAAAUUGGGUAGCCUGGCUUCACACCCCCAGCCACUCACCCCCACGGGCCCUCAGCACACUCACCAUCCCUUCUCUGAAGCCUUCGGGCCAGAUGUAUUUUGGAAAUUCAUAAUGUUUGGAUUUGAGAAUGUUAUACGGUAUACGUAAUAAGCAGCAGCCCUUAACCAAACACAUUACCAUUUCCCCAGCACAGUCUAGAAAUGUUCAUGCCAAAGAGGAUGGAAUAUGAACAGUUAGGGGUACCCACCGAAGUAGUUGAAAAAAAACUUACUAUUUGGGGGAGCUUUUCAGAUUUUGAAACUGUGAAGUAGAAUACCUGCUUUGAAAGUGGCUGUGAAGAUUAGAAAUAAUGCUGCUUCCAGCCCCGUUCCUGGAGCUCGAGUGGGUAGCUGGUAGUGUGAGUAGUGAUGCUGAGAGCAUUUCACCCUUGUUUCCAUCACUGCCUGCAAUUCCUCUUGAGGAGCCCUGUGCCUGGGUGGCCUGUGGGCCUGGGGCCCCCCUUUGAAUUCGGGGCUGCCCCUGUCUGCCCACAACAUACUCUCUGCUGGGGCAGGAGGCCAAGGCAGAGGAGACGACUGUGGGUCCAACCCCUUCCCUUUGAAAAGUGAUACUUGCUUGGCUGGUCUUGGGUUGGGGACAGUUCUCUUCAAGCUUCCCUGUUUUGUGGACUCUGCCGAGGCCUCACGGGGUGUGUGUGGGGCCAUCAGGUUUUGCCACUGCUUCUCUGUGCUCUUGACUUGCUCUUCUAGUUGGAAGGAGAGGGGUCUGGAGGACACUGGGAGCACAGCCUGAGGGCCUGUCCUGUCUUCCUGGGCCCUCGAGGUCCAUACCUGACCACUACCUCCUGUGACCCCUGGGGUCUUAGGACCUACCUUGCUGCCCUCUCCUCCUGGGUGUAGCAACACUCAGGAGCCAGCCUGCAGCUUUCCCCCACCCCUCUGGGCCCACUCUGUGAGUCGGGAGAGUGGCCAUUCCUGGCACUCAGAGAGGAAUUAACAGGGGCAUUUUGGCCCAAUGAGUAGGGCCUGAGGUGAGCUUGCACUCCCCCGGGAGAACCUAUAAGUAGCCAGGGAGCGUCAUGUGCCUGAUCCUGGGCCAGCUGCCCUCCUGCUCUGGCUCUCUCACCUGGACCUCAGCCACCUGUGUCACCUGGGGCUGGGGCAGGAACCAGAAGGGCGCCUGGGGGGACAGUGCCGUCCUAGCUCUGGCUCGUGUGCUCGAGAUGGUUAGGACGUAGGAAGAAAUAACUAUGACUUCCAGGCACCUGUUCUUUGUUCUCAUCUGAAAGUUGAAAAACUCAAAUCGGUGCCUGGCUUGUCUUUUGACCCUGCUCUCCCUACCCAUUGGGUCCCAGUGGCUUCCGGGGCUGGGGGCUUGGCAUGCUGUGCCCCCGCCACUCCCCAGGCUGGGACUAAUAGUGGUUUAACCUCUAGGCGGGAGCUGCCCCUGAGGCCCGGCUGACCCCCACAGAGGAGGCUCACCAGCGGCUUGAGAGGAUCUUCACGGCUCCUGUAAUGCCCCCUCUCGUGUGUGUUCCCCGGGCUCUGGCACGCCUCCUUCCGGAGGCUGGAUGCCAGCUGUGUGUGUCCGUGCGCAUGGGAGCUCCCCCUGACUGGAAGGGUGGCCCCAUGGCUGGCCUGUGGGCCCUCGAGUUGGCUUCCCACUGAAGAAUCAAAAGAGCGGCUGUGCAGAGGCCCCUGCACCACUAGGCGGUUCCUCUGGAGAGCCUGGGGCCCCCCGCCAUGCACCCCUUCUCUGGCCCCCUUCU